AUGAGCGAGACAACAGCAGCACUAUUCAAGGAGAUCGUCCCUGCACAUCGCACCCCGCACUCUAAAGUUACGGUGGUUGGUGUUGGCCAAGUUGGCAUGGCUUGCGCUGUUAGCAUUAUGCAAAAGAAUAUUGUCAGUGAGCUAUGUUUGGUGGAUGUCGUAGCGGACAAGUUAAAGGGAGAAAUGAUGGAUCUGCAACAUGGUGUCCCAUUUAUGAACCCGUGUAUCAUUCGUGCCUCCGUCGAUUAUGAAAUCACCAAGGGCUCGAAGCUUUGUGUAGUAACAGCGGGUGUUCGUCAACGUGAGGGUGAAAGUCGCCUCUCGUUAGUGCAGCGUAAUGUAGAAAUUUUCAAGGGCAUCAUUCCUAAAUUGGUAGCCAAUUCUCCGGAUGCUAUGCUUUUGAUUGUUUCCAAUCCAGUCGAUGUACUCACCUACGUUGCAUGGAAGAUUUCUGGUCUACCACCACACCGUGUAUUCGGUAGUGGAACGAACCUUGAUUCUGCUCGUUUCCGUUUUUUGCUUUCCGAGAAACUUGGAAUUGCAGCAACUAGCUGUCACGGAUGGAUCAUUGGUGAACAUGGCGAUUCAAGCGUUCCGGUUUGGUCUGGUGUUAAUGUAGCAGGUGUUGCAUUACGGGACGUGAAGCCGGACAUUGGUAAGAGCGCUGAUUCAGACAAAUGGCAGGAAGAAGUUCAUAAAGGAGUUGUUUCAGCUGCAUAUGAGAUCAUCAAGCUGAAAGGUUAUACUUCUUGGGCUAUUGGUAUGUCCACAGCUGCCAUUGCCUCAAUUGCUCUUCGUAAUACGCGUUCAGUUUGUGCUCUUUCCGUCAACGUCAAAGGUUUACAUGGCAUUAAUCAAGACGUUUAUCUAUCGCUUCCAGUCGUUCUUGGUGAAAAUGGCAUCACUCACAUCGUAAAACAGAAUCUGAAUGAAACUGAGAUAAAGCAGCUUCAGAAAUCUGCCGCGCAGUUGUACGAAGUGCAAUGCGGUAUCAAAGGUCUUUGA